AUGCUGCUGAGCUUGGGUUCAUCAAGCAACUUAACUUCUUUCAUGGAAAGUGAUGCGAAAACAAAAGAUUUCAAGACACUUGCAGCGCAAGGACAAAUUGAGCAUCAAUCAUCAGAAGAAAAAGCUCUUAAUCCACCCUCAAAAACCAUUCGAAAAAUCCUCAAAAGCCAACCCUCCGUGAGCGAACAAAAUUUUUUUGGGAAAAAAAUUGAUAUAUAAGUGAUAACUACUAUCAUGAAUCUCGAAAUAAUUCUGUUUAAUUUUAAACAAAUUGCGUUUUAAAAUAUAAUUUUACAAAUUAAAUUACUAUUUGCUUUCCAAUUUUUUCGAAGUGGGAUUUUUUUAAAUUUCAAUAAAAUAUAUAUAUAUAUAUAUUUUAAAAAAAAAUAAAUUAACCCCCCUCUGUGAGCGAACAAGAUUUUUUUGUUUGCUCCUGGCUCACGGAGUGGGGAUUUAGCAAAAUGAUGCUUAGCGCAAGCAAAUUUGUUAUCAACAGCGCUGAGGUCUCUAUUUCACUUUCAUCUACAAUAUACAGUUUAUUUAUAUCAGAUGACAAUGAGCUUGUUUAUUUUGCCACAGAAAAAGGCAAUGUCACUUGCUUUAAUCUCAAAGAAGGAAAAAUAGCUAAUGAUGUAUGCUUGGGAAUUGGAGCAUUAUAUGAUGCAAUCAUAGAUGAAGAAAAUAAUCGUUUAGUUGUCUGUGGCGAAAGCGAAGUAAUUCGAUGUUACAAACUACCAAUGUUCCAACUUGAGUUUGAACUGCUAGGACAUUCUGGGUCUGUUAAUAAAUUAUGCUAUGAUUUAUCAAAAGAAAAAUUGUAUUCUGCUGGAUUUGAUGGCACAGUUAGAGCAUGAAAUUUUAUAAAUUUACUGGAAAACAAAACACUAAUAUCACAUAAUGGGAAAAUUAAUGAUCUAGCAAUUGCAGAAGACGAUUCAUUUAUUGCAAGCGCGGGAGAGGAUGGAGUAAUCAAAGUAUUUAACCUAAACACAGAAACCGAAAUUGCUCAGCUUGCUGAAAGUUCAGUAACUUGCUUAGCAAUUAGUUCAAGUUUAAAUGUUCUGGGUUCUGGGAGCUCUGACGGGCGAGUUUCUAUAUGAAAUACAAUUGACUGGACCCUUUUGAAAAGUAAAGGAAUUCAUACUGGAGCAACUACUGCUUUACGGUUAUGUGAGACCAAGCCAGUGAUUAUAACAGGAGGCGAAGAUAAUUUUGUGAAAGUGUGGAAUUUUGAAAAAGAGACUACAGAAAAGCUUAUGAAAGGCCACACAGAUUCGAUUAAAAAUAUCAAAAUUUCUCCUGAUAUGAGUUUCUUUGUGUCUACAAGUAUAGACUCCACAGCUCAUAUAUGGAGAUUUCCUGACGAGUUCGAAGAUUAUAUUUUUAAAGAUCUCAAUAAUUGCGAAUAUACCUCAGCAGCAUUUUUACCGGAAUCAAAUCAUAUUGUGUCUUGCGGGACAGACAAGAUCGUUAAAUACUGAGACGAUUCUGGCUCUCCUGUUCCUCUUAUCAAUAUUUUAGGAAAUGGCCUUAAAAUUAGUGUAUCGCCAAAUAAAAAAUAUAUUGCAGUCGGGGAUGAGCUCGGAACUCUCUAUAUUAUUGAUGGUCUCAAUUUUCAAGAACUUCACAGAAUUGAAGCUCAUAACGGCUUGAUCAGGGAUUUGUGCUUUAUGCCUGAUAGCUCUCGAUUAAUUACAGGCGGAGGAGAUUCAUUAAUUUCUAUAUGAACUCUGCCAUCAAUGAACAAGCUGCAAUGCAAAGGUCACUGCCAAAGUAUUUGGUCUGUAUGUGUAGGCAACACAGGAAGAAAAGUGUUUUCUGGAAGUAGUGACCAAACUAUCAGAAUAUGGAACGCAAUGACUGCGAAUCAAUUAGGAUGGUUUAACGCUAAAGAGCCUGUAAAUGUGAUGGCAAUCGAUAAGAAAGAUAAGUUAUUGAUAAUUGGAGGCAUGAUAGGAGAUGUAUCAGUAUGGAAUAUAGAAGAGCGUUGCGAGGAGUCUAGUUUUCAUGUGCAUGCAGGACUGGUUACAGGGAUUGUGCUGAUGAAAAAUAAUGAUUUGUUCAUGACAGCUGGAAAAGAUAAGAAAAUCAAUAUAAUUUCGUUGAAAUACCGAAUCAAGAUAUAGAAGUUUCUUUUCAAUAGCGCGAUAAGGUGCAUUCCUAGGUUUUACGGAUGAUCUUAAACAUAUGAAAACUUGCUAUUCUUUAUUCAUGGGGGAGAAAAACAGCCUAAAUAAAGAAUUCUGCCUGAUCAAUCUCGAGAACUUGAAGAGAGGCUGUGUGAAAAAUUUACAUUUUGGUUCGUCAAAUGAAUCUGACGAGCCAAUUCUGGCCAGUACUUGAAAUGAAAAAUGGUAGUUGCCAGAAUUUUAUUAAUUUUUUGAUGGUGAGGAUGAUCAGAAUUUUAAUAAAUGGCACAGGAUCAGACAACUUAUUCCUUUCAAACCGAUCUAAUAAUUCCUUUGGUAAUAAUUAUAACUGCUUUAUAAAAGCCAAAGUUUGUGCUAACUCCCCCCCCCCUCCGUGAGCGAACAAAACCAUUAGAAAAAUCGCCAUUUUUUGACCAAAAACCCACCCUCCGUGAGUGAACAAAAAUUUUUUUAAUAGAAAAAAUUUUAAUGGAAAAAAAUUUUGAUAUAUAAGUGAUAAUUAGUAUAAUGAAAUCUAGAGCUAAUUCUGUUUAAUUUUAAACAAAUUGCGUUUUAAAACAUAAAUUUUGCAAAUUAAAUUAAUAUUUGCUUCCCAAUUUUUGCAAAUUAGGAUUGUUUUAAAUUUCGAAAAAAAAUAUUUUUUAUAAAAUUUAUAUAUAAAUUUUUUUUUAAAAAAAAAAAAUUAACCCCCCUCCGUGAGCGAACAAAAUUUUUUUGUUCGCUCACGGAGGGGGGGGGGGAGUAAGCGCUUGUUGUUCUUUACGAAAUUACUAAUGACUAACUUGGUUUUCGUUAGAAAAUUAAAAUGGAGUUAAUAAUUAAAAACUUGUUGAUUGAGUUGUGUUUUUGCGGAAGGAUAGAUUUCUAAAUAAAUGAUGCCAAUUUUAAUUAUGAUCAACUGCUUUAUAAAAGCCAAAGUUUGUGCUAUGCGCUUGUUGUUCUUUACGAACUUACUAAUGACUCAUAUGGUUUUCGUUAGAAAAUUAAAAUGGAGUUAAUAAUUAAAAACUUGUUGAUCGAGUUGUGUUUUUGCGGAAGGAUAGAUUUCUAAAUAAAUGAUGCCAAUUUAAUCAUGACUAAAUGCUUUAUAAAAGCCAAAGUUUGUGCUAAGCGCUUGUUGCUCUUUUACGAACUUACUAAUGACUCAUAUGGUUUUUGUUAGAAAAUUAAAAUGGAGUUAAUAACUAAAAACUUGUUUGAUCGAGUUGUGUUUUUGCGGAAGGAUAGAUUUCUAAAUAAAUGAUGCCAAUUUAAUUAUGACUAACUGCUUUAUAAAAGCCAAAGUUUGUGCUAAGCGCUUAUUGCUCUUUACGAACUUUACUAAUGAUAUUAAAAAUUUUCUUCUUAUAAUGUUUUUAAAUUUCUUUCAAAUGUUAAAAUAAUUAUAUCAAUAUAAAUAAAUUUUUUAUAAAAAAUAUUUUUAAAAUAAAAUAAUAAUUUUUAAAAUUUAUUAUAUCUUUUAUAAAAUGGGGCUUCAAUUUUAACAAUAUUUUUUAAGUGGGUUGUCUUAUCCUGUGCCAUUUAUUAAAAUUCUGAUCAUACUUGCCAUCAGAAAAUUAAUAAAAUUCUGGCAACUAUCAUUUAUAAUUUCAAGUACCGGCCAGAAUUGGCUCGCCAGAUCCAUUUGACGAACCAAAAGUGUAAAUUUGCAAAUAGCCUCUCUUUAAGUUCUCGAGAUUGAUCAGCCAGAACUCUUUAUUUUCACUGUAUGGCUCUCUUACAAAGAAGGAACAUCAGAUUUUCAUGGCCCAAAGACCUUUUAGUCAAACCAGGAAGCACGCCUUAUCGCGCUAUUGAAGAGAAAGUUCUAUAUCUUAUAUGGACCAUAAGCAGCCGAUUAAUUGUCUAGCCAUAUCUCUAGAUGAAACUUAUAUUGCGACUGGUCAACGGUGUUACAUUUCAGCAGAAGAAAAUCCAUUGACUACAAAGGAAACAAGACUAAUAGGCCCAUCAGAAUUCCAUCAGCCUUUUCUUGCAUAUAUGCGAGAUAUCCUUUUUGACCAAAACCCCGAGCAUAACCCAAUUAUGGAUCAAUUUGUUAUAGUCCCCCAGCUUAUCAAUCCAUUACAUUUUUAUGUCUACCUCAACUUAAAAGAAUAUGUAGUUCAGUCUCUAUGCUAUAAUAUAUCUAUUAUAAGGUCGAAAAUUGGAUUCAACCCAUUCUAUAUUGCGCUAUUAAAAGAUUACAAAGCAAUUAGAGACGAAAUUGUUGACUCCUUAUGCUUAAAUGCCCAAAUCAAUCCCUUUUGGCUACAAAUGCUGGAAAAUGAGAUAAUAAAAAUGAAUCAAGUUGGCUUUGCAAAGCUAGCUGAUAUAUAUGAGAUAAUUUAUCAAGAGGUGAAAAGAAAAAGCUUCCCCAGAUUCUGCGAGUCUAAUGUUGUUUUGCCUAUCUGUUAUUUAUCAAAUGAAUUCCGAGCUAAAGUAAAAGAUUUCUUUGAUGAAGAAGACAUCAGUACCCAAGGCGUUUCUAUAUGUUUUAAAGAAACGUGCAUCCCUUUUAAUUUCUCUAUGGGUAGCCAAGAAAGUAUUGAUUUCCUAACUCCCCCCUCCGUGAGUGAACAAAAAAAUUUUGUUCACUCACGGAGGGGGGUUAAUUUUUUUUUUUUUAAAAAAUUAUAUAUAAAUUUUAUAAAAAAUUUUUUUUUUCGAAAUUUAAAAAAAUCUAAUCGCAAAAAUUGGAAAGCAAAUAUUAAUUUAAUUUAUAAAAUUUAUGUUUUAAAAACGCAAUUUGUUUAAAAUUAAAUAGAAUUAGCUCUAGAUUUCAUUAUGCUAAUUAUCACUUAUAUAUCAAAUUUUUUUUUCCAUAAAAAAUUUUUCUAUUAAAAUAUUUUUUGUGCACUCACGGAGGGUGGGUUUUUAGGCAAAAAAUAGGGAUUUUUCUAAUGGUUUUGCUCACUCACGGAGGGGGGGAGUAAGCUCUAUUUCUGAGUGUGAGAAUAAAGACAUUUUCAGAACUCCUAUAAUCUUAGAUAUAGCUCACUAUAAAUGAGAGUCUGCAAAGCUUCCUAUGAUCAUCCAAGGGUCUGUAUUUUAUGUCUAUUUAAUAAUGUUAUCACUUUAUACCUCUUUUUUUGCUAAAGACCCAACUUUUUUGAUGAUAGUGUUUAUUAUGAAUAUUUUAUUGAUGUUUUAUGAAAUCUAUCAAAUGAUUGUGUCUGGAAGAUCUUAUUUUAAAUUUGUGUGGAAUUAUGUCGACUGGGCAAGGACAAUAUUGCUGCUAGCUUAUAAUAUUAUUGAAUGAACCCAGGAUUAUUUUAGGGGGAUCAGUAACAUGGUUUUCUUACUCCCCCUUCGUGAGCGAGCAAACCAUAGGAAAAAUUUCUAUUUUUGGGUAUUAUGAAAAAUAUUGGAUAUAUAUGUGAUAAUUUUUAUAAUAAAAUCUCUUGUCAAUUCUAUUGAAUUUUAAACAACUUGCAUUUUAAAACAUAAAUAUCAAAUUAAACUCUUUUUACUUCUCAAUUUUUGCAAAUUGGGAUAAUUUUUAUAUAUAUAAGUUUUUUUAAAAAAAAGAAGCCACUGAGCGAACAAAUUUUUUUCGCUCAUAAUAGAGAGGAAGGUAGUAAAAUAUGGUGGAGAAGAAAACACUACUUUCCAUUUGUUUGGGUUUGCAAAUUCACUUUUUGCUCUAGUCACAUUCAUCAGCUGGGCUAGAGGAGUAUCAUAUUUCAGAUUAUUUGACUCAACAAGAUAUUUUAUUAAUUUAUUAAUUCACUGCUUUGCCAGCAUGGGAGGGUUUUUAGUCAUGAUGACCUUUAUGGCAGUUGGCUUUUGUUUCUUGUUUAUAGUAAUUGUUAGAGAUCCAUCUGGAAAUAUUGACUUCAUGAAUAAUCUCAGAAUUUCUUAUUGACUUAUCUUAGGUUCUACAGAAGCAGAAAGUUAUGGUUUUAUUGAAAUGGGAGUUCUCACCUUCGGGAUCAUGAUAAAUCCAAUCAUUAUGAUGACUAUCCUUGUAGCGAAAGUGACUGAUGAAUAUGAGCAAAUCCAAUCAGACAGCAUAGCAAGUGACACUAAAGAGCUGAUUGACAUGGCAAUUGAAGUGGAAAAUAUGAUGUUUUGGAAAAGAAAAACAGGAACGAAACAAUAUUUUCAAUCUGUCAAAGAAACUGCUAAAGAUGAAGAUAUGAGUUGGGAAGGUAGGCUGGCGGCUCUCAAUAAAAUGAUAGAGAGGUCCAGCCUUGGAACUCAGGAAUUUUAUGAAAAUCUGAUUAAAAAAUUAAGCGAACGAGAAAUUUUAGUGACCAAGAACAAAGACAAAGCAGAAAAGAUUGAAGAAAUUUGUGAUAAAAUAAUAAAAAUUAGGGAAGAGAGGCUCGCUAAAAAUGUGGUUGAAGAAGAGGGGGAUGUCGAGCAAGUAGAAAAUAAAGAAGGAUAG